AUGAUUCCCAUGUUCCACGCAGACUUCCAGGACCUCGUUAAUGACGAGAGGAUUCAUCGUGUGUUGUUUCUGAUUCUGAUUGGGACUUACGUCUAUAGUGAGGCCAAGUCAUGGUGGAACAGUCUUCUACGCCCUUUAUACGUGAAAAUCACAUCCACGCUCAGUGACUAUCGAUCUGGGAAGUUUUACAAGCCAUGGGGACCAACUACGCCGAUCGUUAUUGUAUCCACAAAGAAGCAGAUUGCCGAGCUUAGCGAAGCACCAUGCCUCUCUCAACGAGCCGUAUAUGCCGAUAUGUUCGGGUUUAAACACACUAUGAACAAACUUGAACACAAUACCAGUAACAACAAAGUUAUUAGGACACGGCUAUAUAGUCGUCUUCUUCAAGUCAAUGGGCCCGUCCACCUAGAUGGUCUCUAUCCUCAUUUGCUCAAUCGGUUCGAUAUUAAUCUAGAAAGAGAGCUUCGCGGGGGGCGUGUCUUGAACGGUGAAUCCCGAAUCUUGGAUAUCCCUGAAGUCAGUAUCAUUCUAACGUGGAAACUAGGGGGCAUUUCCUUGCCUAUUGCGCAGACGGCCCGCCGGCUCGUUUCUAACCUUAUGGGUCUUAUGUUUUUCGGAGAGGCCCUAUCUUCGGAUGAAGAAUUCUCCUCCGCGCUCUUGCGUUAUCCCCAGGAUAUGGUGAAGUGUAUGGCUGCCUUUCAGGUAGCACCAUCGCUUGUCCAUGCCGUCCUCACCAACCGCGGAGAGGCCAUGCACCUGAUCCAGAAAAGGCUUUUCCAGUGCAUACAGUCUGGACUUUCAAACCAAAGCGAAGGCGAUAAAAUCCAACGUCACACCAUUCUUUAUAAUAUAAUUGCACUAACAAGCGGCAGCGAAUAUUGGAAUGCAGACCUCCUCUCGCAGUCUCUUCUAGGGAUUUGGUUUGCUGCCUCUCAUCAGCCGUGGAUGAAUCUGCACUUCGUCAUAUUAGAAUUAUGUGCGCGCAAGGAAUGGCAAAGCAAACUACGCCAAGAGAUAGAGCAACACGUUCCGCUUGACUACAAAGAUUUAGAGCAGUUGCCCCUUUUAGAUGGCUUCAUAAAGGAAACUGUUAGAUGUAAUCCUCUGGACACACUCGCAAUACGCAGAAAGGCGUUAGAACCUUACACUUUCUCAGAUGGUUCCCUGUCUGUUCCCUCAGGGGCAACUGUUUGUGUAUCAUCAUAUGAUCUUAUGCAUAACCCACAAACAUAUCCCGACCCAAAUGCCUUCAACCCUAGUCGAUAUCUACCCAAAGAACCCAAUAGCCAACAGCUGAAGUUUACUGAAGUCUCCGAGGCAUACCCCAUCUGGGGUUAUGGGUCUCUUGCCUGCCCUGGCCGGUUCCAAGCAUCGUUAGCCAUGAAGUUGGUCAUAUCACAGUUACUUCUAAAGUAUGAUCUAAGUCUUGAAAACAAGAAUGCUAGGACUAAGUGGUCUUGGGAAACAUUUGCUAUGCCAUAUAAAAGCACCAGAGUCAUCUUGAAGGAGCACGGUUUGUAG